AUGGAGGACGACGAACUGAGCAACGGAGAAGACGAGGCAACUUAUAAGGAAAUCACGAGGGAACUGAUCAAAGCAGCAGACGAACUGUUAGACGCAGAAGACGAUGUAAUAGUCUCACGUUAUCUGAAGCGUAUAAUCGUUAACGAAGAUGCUUGGGAGGGUCUCUUCACCCAAGACGUAGACGUGUUCGAGACGAAUCCAUAUGAAGAGUUCGAUUCUGAGAGCUCUACCUUCUUGAUCGUUGAACCACGAACAAAGAAUUGUGGUAAAGCUGAUGGAUGCGAAUCAGGUUGCUGGAGGAUCAUGGGUCGUGAUAAACUGAUCAAAUCGAAGGAGACUGGGAAGGUUCUAGGGUUCAAGAAGAUUCUCAAGUUCUGCGUAAAGAGGAAACCAAGAGAGUACAAGCGAAGUUGGGUAAUGGAAGAGUUUAGGCUUACCAAUAACUUGAACUGGAAUCAAGAUCCUCUAGUUAUUUGCAAGAUCCGUUUUCUGUUUGAAGCCGAGACUAGUUCCUUGCUUGCCAAGCAUUUCUCGUAUCUGUCCACUACUGAACCCGUACCGGUUCCUGCAAGUUUAUUGUUGCCAGCUUAUGGAUUCAAAUCAAUAGAUCAACGAAAGGCUGAUGAAGCACAUGUGUUGAGGAUACCGGCUGUCUAUCAAGGCAAAAAUUGGCCUAGCCACGUUACAAACAACGUGUACCGCUUGAAUCCAUGGAAGCUUGUGGAUCUUCAUGAUCAGAUGUUUCGAAAUUUCGGAACUUGCAUCUUCGCUAACCAGACUUGUGGUGAUACUGAUAAAUGCGAUGGUGGUUACUGGAGGAUCCUGCACCCUGAUGUGAUGAUCAAUUCAAGGUCGUCCGGGGAGACCAUUGGUUUCAAGAAGGUUUUAAAGUUUUACGAAACCGAGAAACAAAGAUUUGUUCGUGAAGGAGAAGAGAUCAACGUAACUUGGACUAUAGAUGAGUACAGGCUUGUGGAUAAGGAGAUGCAGAAUAAAGUGUUGUCCGUCAUCAAGAUCACCACUAAAGAUAACUAG